AUGGCAAGCAAGGUCGACCGUAUCGUGGCGCGUCUGCAGCAAAAGAUCGCUGAUGGCGACUACUACGAGGCGCAGCAGCAGACCCGCGUGGCGGCGUCACGUCACAUCAAGACGCAGAACUGGCCGGCCGCCAUCGACAUCCUCUCGAGCGUCGCCCAGUCGCUCCUGAAGGCCGGCCAGGGCGGCAGCGGCGGCGACCUGUGCAUCAUGCUGCUGGAUGUUUACAAGCAGGCCGAGCUCAAGCCCGACUCGACGAGCAAGGGCCGACUGCUGACGGCUCUGCGCCUCUUUGACGGCGAAGAGCCCACGCGCAAGAAGUUCAUCACAGAAAUGAUGGCAUGGUCGGCCAAGUUUGGCGAGUACCCCGCCGGCGACCCUGAGCUGCACCACGUCGCCGGGUCCCUCUACGCCGCCGAGCACGAGACGUACGAGGCCGAGAAGCACCUGGUCCUCGGCACGCGCGACUCGGCUGAGGUGCUCUUCAAGAUGGAGUACGCCUGGUACAAGGAAUCCGAGGCGCACACGGCGCCGCUGUACGCCGCCCGCGCCGUCCUGCCGUACCUGUUGGUCGGCAACGUGCGCGCGGCCAGCACCUGCUACCGGCUCUUCACCAGCGCGCUGAGCACCGACUUCCCGGGGCUGGGCGUGCAGGACGUGGCGACGUCGGGCUCGGAUGUCCGCGUGUUCCCCAGCCUGCCGCUGCUCAACUUCCUCGGCCUGCUGCUGCUGGCGGUGCAGCGCGGCGCGCCCGAGGUGUACAAGGGGCUGGUGCAAAAGUACGCGGCGCAGAUCAACGAAGUCGGCACGUGGGCCGAGGCGCUCGAGAUGGUGGCGGAAAUGUACUUUGGCAUCCAGAAGCCGAGACAGAGCAACCCGCUCAUGGACAUGAUGAGCGGCCUGUUUGGGGGUGGUGGCGCGGGCGGUGCUGGUGGCCAGCAGCAACAGCAGAGGCGGAGACCAGGUCUGGGUGCGCCUACGGCCGAGGCGCUGGAUUAG